GUUUACAUUUCAUAAAAAAAUAUUUUUGUAAUUAUUUCGCUUAUUAAGGUUAAAGGUAUUGAAAAAGAUUAUUUAAAUGGACGAAAAUGAUAAACGACCACAAUUUGGAAAUAGAGUAUUAGAAAAUGUUGAUGAAGUGUUUAAACAUAACGCAUGGGAUAACGUUCAGUGGGAUGAGGAACAAGAAAAGGCCGCUCAGGAGAAAGUCAAACAAAAUUCUGCUGUAACAUUUUCGGAGGAUAUUCUGAAUGAUCUGAGCCACAAUGCUGACAAACAUUGGGAUGCUUUUUAUGAUAUUCAUCAAAAUAGAUUUUUUAAGGACCGACACUGGCUCUUUACCGAGUUCCCCGAGUUAGCCCCAGAUAAUACAACGGCACCUGUAAGGGUAUUUUGUCACGAAAAUACUACCACAACAGAAAGCAAAGCUUAUUACAAUAAAGAUGCAAAUGUCAAAAGAUAUAUCUUCGAAGUUGGUUGUGGUGUCGGCAAUACAAUUUUUCCAAUUUUACAAUAUAGCCAGGACCCGAAUUUAUUUAUAUAUGGAUGUGAUUUCUCUGCAAAAGCAAUUGAAAUAAUGAAAGACAAUGAGAUGUAUGACACUAGGAGAUGUGAAGUAUUUGUUUUGGAUGCUACAAGAGAUUGGACAGUUCCGUUUCCAGAAAACUCUAUUGAUAUAAUUGUACUUAUAUUUGUACUUUCAGCUAUUGAUCCAUCAAAAAUGAAAUUCGUCAUAGAAAAUAUAUACAAAUACCUAAAACCGGGUGGCUUGGUAGUAUUUCGAGACUAUGGAAAAUAUGACUUAGCACAACUUCGCUUCAAACAAGGCAGGUGUAUUUCCGAUAACUUUUAUGCUCGGGGAGAUAAAACAAUGGUGUACUUCUUCACCCAAGAAGAGAUUGGCAGUAUGUUUAAAAGUGCUGGUUUUGUGGAAGAACAGAAUUUAAUUGAUAGAAGAUUACAAGUGAACAGAGGAAAAAUGUUGACAAUGUAUAGAGUCUGGAUACAAGCUAAAUACAGAAAACCCUUAUGAGUAAGAUUAUAUUAUUAUGAAAAUAAA